AUCUGUUCUGCCGGAGAAUUAGGAUUACACGGACAGAUUAGAGGCUGCUUUUAAAGGCCAGUAAGUUUAAUUGCAUGGAAUUAAUCAGGUUGUCAGGAUUAAACCUUUGCUACUUAAACCACGAGAGAUUUCCUGACAUAUUCAGCUCUUUUUAGUCACCGGGGAACAUUUUAAAGAAGGGUAUUGGGUUUCCCCAUCUACCUGUGAGGCAUGCUGGGAACCCCACCUGAGCAGACUGUAGCCAAAGUUGGGCUCAAGUGAGGGAUCCCCUUGCAGACAACACGCCACAACUCAAAAGCUCUCUGCGGUCCGUGCUGCGAUGUUGAUCCUGGACGUUUUGUCCCCUCUCCUCCUCCUCCUCCUCCCCUCCAUCCUGUUGCCGCGCUACGGUUGCCGGGCGGCGGACAUUCCAGAGGACACUACAUCAGAGUUCUCGGUCAGACUGUACCACCAGCUGCAGGCGGCGGGGGAUCAGGACAACAUCAUUUUCUCCCCACUGAGCGUGGCAGUGGCCCUCGGCAUGGUGGAGCUGGGAGCUAAGGGGGCUUCGCUGGAGGAGAUCAGACAGGCGGUGGGGUUCAGUCACCUCCUGCCAGGAGUGGAGUUUUCUUUGCUUCAGAACCUGACCACAGCUCUAUCAGACGAUGAUGCCCACUACGUGGUUCGAUUUGCAAACAGCCUCUUCCUGCAGGAGGGGGUCACCUUUAAUCCAGAGUUUCUGCAUCUUAUGAGAAAGUACUUCAAGGCUGACGUUGAAACAGUAGACUUCAGCGAAUCAGCAGCUGUGGCUGAUCAGAUCAACAGCUGGGUGGAAAAUCAUACCGAGAGUAAGAUCCGAGAGCUGCUGUCUGCCGAGGAUUUCAGCAGUGUGACCCGCCUGACGCUGGUGAACGCCGUCUACUUCAGAGGCUCCUGGAAAAACCAGUUCAGGCCAGAGAACACCAGAACCUUCUCCUUCAGCAAAGACGACGGAUCAGAGGUCCAGACACUUAUGAUGUACCAACAGGGAGACUUCUACUAUGGUGAGUUUAGCGAUGGCUCACAGGAAGCAGGAGGCGUCUACCAGGUGUUAGAGAUGCCUUAUGAAGGGGAGGACAUGUCUAUGAUGAUCGUUCUGCCCCGACAGGAGGUACCGCUGGCGUCACUUGAGCCCAUCAUUAAAGCACAGCUGCUAGAGGAGUGGGCUAACAAUGUAAAACGGCAGAAGGUGGAGGUCUAUCUACCAAGGUUCAAAGUGGAGCAGAAGAUCGACCUAAGAAGCACUCUGCAGGAUCUGGGAAUAAAGAACAUCUUCACCAACAAUGCUGAUCUGUCCGCCAUGACAAAUGGUAAGGACCUGUACAUCGGGAAGGCAGUGCAGAAGGCGUACCUGGAGGUGACUGAGGAAGGGGCAGAGGGAGCCGUUGGGUCAGGGAUGAUCGCCCUGACAAGGACCCUUGUGCUGUACCCACAGGUCAUGGCUGAUCACCCCUUCUUCUUCGUCAUAAGAAACAGACGGACAGGGUCCAUCCUCUUCAUGGGCAGGGUCAUGACUCCUGAAGUCAUCGACCCCAACGACCACGACUUUGACUCCAUGUAAUCUAAUCAUGGUGUGAGGUCACUCAGUCUCAGCCAAUCAGAUCCUGACGUCAUAAACGCUACCUAUCCCACUUUUGCCAUCAUCAGCUGUGUUUUAUACUCUUGAAAAAAAUAUAUUAUACUGAAUAUUAUACAAUAUAUUAUAUAUUGAAAUAUGACAUACAACAUUAAUGUGACUGUGUUUUGAUACUGGAAGCUUUAAUCUCUUGGGUACAGUAAUGCAGAAAGGGGAAGAUGUAAAUAUUCUCUGGUUAUAGAUGGUUUGUACAUGAGCAAGAAGAACACAUGAAAUGUAAUUCACGCACAACCCCUUUAAGUUCAGCUGCUUUUUAUUCACCUGCGCCCACAUACACACACGAACACACACACACAGAGACGCAUACACAGUGCACAAAACAUUAUCUCUCUACUUCUUGAAAAGUUUCUGCUCUUUCUUACGAUAUGCACACGCUGUUAUUUCCACACCUUAAAUAUACCCCUGUACAUUUGACAUUGUGUUCUAUAUAUACUUAUAUAUGCUCAAUAUUUAUUGCAGAAUACACAUGUGCAAACAUUUUGUCCUAACACGAUGAAUCUUAGUAACAUAUCUUCUAUAUCUUCAGGCAGUAUUCUAGUCAUUUUUUACACUGUAGGCACAUGGCUAAUCUGCUGAUGAACUAAUAUGCCUUAUCACAUCAGAGUGGUUGAUUUCGCCCCAGCUGGGCAUCUCACAGGUGAGCAGAGGGGACUGCGUAACUAUGGCAUGUUGCUAUAGAAACAGAGAGGGGGAAAAUGUGCUGUACAAAACAGUACAGGAUGUACAUACAGGGAAAAACAGUAACACCAGCUGUAUUCAGUCUUUCCAAAAUAAAAACAUGAAUGUGUUCCCAUUAUAAAA